UUAUCCUCCUAAUCCGAGUUGCUUAAACCCAGAACCAAGACUCCCAAAAACCCAGAGAUUCCCGUUCCGCCGACCGGCGGCCGAGGGCCAAUGAACGAUCUUUCUGGUGCCGGUGUCGCCACCUCGGGUCGCUGGCUCUGCGCAACAGUCCCGGUUUCCGUCCCAUUUGUGCUCGCUCCGCUUCUACUUCUGGGCACUGCGGUCUCCCUCUUCAUCCUUGUAGUGGUUGGCAACGCGCUCUUCCUCGCUGCGCUUCUGCUACUCUCAACUUUCAUCAUCUCAGUCUUCAUCUGGAACUCGUUAAGCUUCCGGAGGAACCUGGCUCUCUUGCUAUUCGUAGAUCGUAUGCCCGUUUCUGACCUUCUCAGUGCCUCCGAUGGUCAGCUCGUCAAGAUUACUGGCGUAAUUCCUCCCCUUGCUGAAUGCGGUGAUUUUCCCUUGGAAUCUUCGUAUGAAAAAGUUGAAAGAUGUGUUUAUACGUCAACUCUUUUAUAUGAGUAUAGCGGGUUUGGAUUUAAGAUUUCAACUAACGACUAUCAUACUGGAUCAAGGACUGUAAGAGUUAAUGACAGACACGUUUGCUGGAAAUUGGCGUAUUUGGAGAGGUUUACUGCUGACUUCUACAUAACAGAUGCAAAAUCUGGAAUGAGAGCUUUAGUGAAAGCUGGUUAUGAUUCUAAAGUUAUUCCUCUUGUUGGUGAAAACUUGAUUGUGAAUACCAGAAAGAAAAACAGAAUGGUGUCUUCUACUCUGAAGAAAUGGCUAGAAGAAAGGUCCCUUCCCGUCGAAGCUCGCUUGCUCCAUCUCAAAGAGGGCAGGUUCAUCAAGGAGGGCACCUCUUUGACUGUGGUGGGGAUGCUUAGUAAAAAGAAUGAAAUCUAUAUGAUUGUACCACCCCCAGAUGCUAUCUCCACAAGCUGCCUACUUCAGAAGUUGCUUCUUCCUGUUGACUUUGAUGGGCUUAUUUUGAGAUUUCCCAGCAAGACUUAAACUACUGAUGAGGACUUCAUUUCUAAUGCAUACUUAUGGUAAGAACCGAUCUGCUAACUAAUGAUAUACAAGUUACUUCUAGUGAUUUCAUGGCAUCUAUAUGCUGUACUUUGUCACAUCAUUUCAAUUAUUCUGCACAUUCUUCAAGAUUUGAGGAUACCAGGGGAAAUUCUCCUGAAAACUUUAGUGGUUAUUCUGUAGACAAGCUCGUUAGUUUCUGUUUAA